AUUAUAGCACCUAUAGCCAAGCUGCAGCUCAGCAGGGCUACAGCGCGUAUGCACCUCAGCCAGCUCAAGGAUAUGCACAGACCACCCAGCAGACGUACGGACAGCAGAGUUACGGAACCUACGGACAGCCCACCGACGUCAGCUACACCCAGCCCCAGACGACUGCGACGUACGGGCAGACUGCGUACGCCACGUCCUACGGGCAGCCUCCUACCGGGUUUUUUUCCCCGACUGCCCCCCCGGCGUACAGCCAGCCUGUCCAGGGGUACGGCACAGCCGCCUACGAUACCAACACCGCGACGGUUACCACCACGCAGGCUUCCUACGCCGCGCCCUCCGCUUACGGCACCCAGCCCGCCUACCCGGCCUACGGGCAGCAGCCGACAGCGGCCGCUCCCGCAAG